AUGGAUUAGAAAUUUGAAAUGAACAAUGAUAUAGAAAUUAGAUACAAUGAAGAUCAUUGUUUAGAGGCUAGUUGUAUAGUGGAUAUAUAUGCAAAAUAGUUAGAAAUAGCAGGAGAAGAUUUUGUAAAGUUAAGUAAAUAGAAUCGAGUUUAAAGAAGGAGAUUGAGAAAAUAAAAUUAAUAAAUAUAUGUUGAUUGUAUUGUUUAAUUUAUAAUGGAUAUUGAAGAUGUUUUAGAUUAAGCAUUGAAAAGACUUUUAUAUUAAUUAGAUGUACCCAAAGAAAUAUUUGAAGAGAGUGUAUUAUUAAGAAUGGAUUAAGGAUAUUUUUAAUAAUUAUAUAUGUUGUAAGCAAGUGUUAAAUAAAAAAUAAAAGAGAAAAUUGAAUAUACUAAGAAAUUGAAUUUAAAAUAAACAAAAGACAUUAUUCAAUUUAAUGUACACAUUCUUAAAAACUUCCCUUAAGAAUAUCAUGUAAUAUUGCAUCGAAUUGUAUAUAUAAUAUGAUUAUAGAUAUAAGCAAUCAGAAUAUGUUAUGUUGGUUCCAACAAUUAUAAAUAUUAUAGUCCAAGAUUUAAUUUAUGGAAAGUUUGGUGUAGAAGAAGAGGAUUAAAUAGCUAGUCUUAAGAAUAUGUAAGGUGAUUAAGAAAUACAUAAUCUACUUAACAAAGUUGAAAUAGAAAUGAGUGGACUUCUGAAAGAAUAAGGAAUAAGAUUAAAUGAUAUUCCUGAAAGUUUAGAAAAUUUUGUUUGA